AUGGCCGCGAUAGGAAUGCCUAAUGCAGCAUCACAGCAGACGGCCAGAACAAAUGGUCGCAACUCUACCUCUUCGGUCAGUUAUGCCGGUGAAAGGGCCACUCUAGCCCAGUCAUCUGCUGCAUUUGGAAGCGGAGGCUGGAAUAGCAACAUUUGGUCGCGCACCCCUAUGACUGGGAUUUCUAGCACUAUGGUCGAAAGUACACAUCCAAAAGUGGCUACUACUGUCAACGGAGACACUGUGACUGGGUCCCGCUCUCUUUUGCCUUCGUCGGAGGCUGAGGGCUGGGCUGGCCAACCUCUUCCUUGGAACUUUUCCCCAACCUCAAGCUCCCAUGCGUCUUCGGUAAACGCAGGUGCCAGCACUCCGCCAGGAAACUCUGCAGUCGUCAACGCUAUUACCCGAAGCGAAGCUCUCUCUUAUUUAGCAGCAGCUCAACCCUCUGGUUCAAACAUGCCAAAUAGCAACCGGGUUUCAAACUGGAGCCACUAUCACAAAUCGAGUGAUUCUCCAUCAUCUAUCACUGCAUUUGACAAUGGAGUUGGUAGAAACAGUCAGCAUACGGCUGCUCUCAAUGGGAUUACCAACGGAAGCACUGCACACAAUGGAUUAUCUGCACAGGAGCCGCAGGUGAAUCCAUUCGACCAUAGCAAUACCCUUCCAUUUAGAGAGGGCCCUAGGUCAAGCGAUCAAGCAUCCUACUUCCCCCCAUCCUCAUCCAUGAAUCUGGCUUCCAUGACUCCCUCCUCGAGCCAUUUCGGAGCCGGUACCCCACGCCACUCAAUAUCAACCGGCCAUGGUAGGGCUAGUUUAGCUGAAGAUGAACUCGCUGCCGCCCUGUCCAAGAUAGACGUCAAGGUCGCUGGUGCGCUGGCUGAGCACCGACAGCAAGCUCUGCCUCCCAGACCAUCGUUUCAACAACGUGCAUCAUACGACGCUGUUCUAUCCCGCGCCAAUUAUACGAUAGAGCCGGAGGAGACCCGUACCCAGUAUGCAACAUACUCACGAACCAUCUCAUCUCCUUCCGUCAAUUUACCUUCCCUCAUCAGAAGACAAGAACGCGGCCACCCGUCUCUUGAGCACCAGCGCAGUUCCAUCCCCGGUUAUUAUUCUAGUGUCGACGGCCAGCUUCAGGACUCCAUGAGCCAGGGAAUGUACUCCCCAAGAUACCGUUACUCUGGCAGUGAGCGUAGUCCAGAGGAACAAGCUGAACUACUAGCUCAGGGAUUGCGAGCAACCUUGCAGCAGCAGCAGGAGCAGGCCUACCCUUCGGUCGCCAUGAGUCAGCUCCCGGGGGGUAUCCACCUGCCUCCAGGCUACAGAUACGCAACAUUCCAGCCUCCUCAGCCCAGCACCAUCCAUCCAAUACAGUUACCCCUUUACUCAAUGGGUCCAUUUAGCCCCGUUUCCCCGUCCAUGGUUCAUAGGCCUUCCACUUCAGACCAGGACUCCAACCAGGUAACUCGCAGCCCAGUUCUACAGGAGUUCAGGGCAAAUAACAAGGGAAAUAAGCGAUAUGAAUUGAAAGAUAUCUAUGGUCACAUCGUCGAAUUCUGUGGUGAUCAGCACGGCUCCCGCUUCAUUCAGCUUAAGCUUGAAACUGCCAACAGUGACGAGAAGGAGCGGGUAUUCCAGGAAAUCAGGCCUAAUGCCGUACAGCUUAUGAUGGACUUAUUUGGCAAUUACGUUAUCCAGAAACUGUUCGAACACGGUAAUCAAGCACAGAAGCGUCUUCUUGCCCAGCAGAUGCAAGGCAACAUUUGCUCGCUCUCUGUACAGACGUAUGGAUGCCGCACUGUUCAAAAGGCACUUGAACAUGUCCUCGUUGAGCAGCAAGCCACCAUGGUCAAGGAGCUCGAAGACAGCGUGAUGAAGUGCGUCACCAACCAGAACGGAAACCAUGUUAUUCAGAAGGCGAUUGAACGUGUUCCAAACCAACACAUUCGAUUUAUCAUCGAUGAAUUCCGAGGCCAAAUUCCACGUUACGCUACUCAUACAUACGGGUGUCGGGUAAUCCAACGCAUGCUAGAGCACUGUCCUCUGGCCGAUCGUUUAUCCAUUCUUGCUGAAAUCCAUGCUUGCACCCCAAGCCUCAUUUCCGACCAAUACGGCAACUAUGUCAUUCAGCACAUAAUUGAAUUCGGUGAAGAGGUUGAUAAGAACAAGAUUAUCUCCAUUGUUCUCGGCCAGGCAGUUCACUUCUCUAAGCAUAAGUUUGCCAGCAACGUGGUAGAGAAGAGCAUCACUUUCGGCACUAUGGAGCAACGCUUGGCCAUUACCCGGAUUCUGUCCGCUGUCAACGAAAAGGGAGAGGGCCCCUUGCUUGGCUUGAUGCGCGACCAAUAUGGCAACUACGUUAUCCAAAAAUCCCUUAGCGUCCUGGAGGGAGAAGACUACAAGAUGCUUGUCAGCAGAAUUAUGCCAUUGAUGCCCCUGCUGAAAAAAUGCAGCUACGGCAAACAGAUUGCUGGCAUUGAAGGUCACCUCCAUAAAUACGGACAUCAAACUUCUUCAUCUCCAUCCUCGCCUGUUGACACCAACAAGUCACUCGGCCUGGAUGUUGAAAACAAUGCGAAUAGCCUCACCUAUACCCGUGAUAACAGCCCUGUUUACGACCUCUCUCCUGUCACUGCCGACAGAAGCUCCAUCCCAAGUGCAAACACCAGCGUAUUGGAAGAAUGCCCCCCAAUUGAUAUGACGAAAGAGGACGGCGGUGCCAUCCUCAAGCCAGCAGCAGUCAUAUAA